AUGGCGUCUACAUCUGCUGAAAAGGUAAAAAGGCCAGGUGCAUUCAAUUUACCUUCAACCUCAGAAAGCAACCGGCUUGAAACGAGAGAACCGAAAGUAGAAUUUGAACCUCUUGGUGAUGGAGACGACGCCAACUUGGAUACGGAAACUUCCGGGAAUGCACCAAGUCGUUCUAAAACUAUAAGCCAGCCAAAAACACAAAGUAGGGAUAUAACUCGAACGCCAAAAACGUCGACACCAUCAUCAUCAAAUAAACGCAGUCGAACUCGUUGUCAGAAAUGGGCUCUGUGCACCAUAAUCAUACUUGCCAUCCUUCUGGUGAUCACAGCAACACUGACAUUAAUCCUGUUCCUACAUUUGAAAGGAGUAAUCAACUGGUUCCCAUCUCUGCAUAAUGCUGAUGAUGAAGAAGAAUAA